ACAAAAUUAAAAGAAUCACAACCUUCUCUUAUCUUUUCUUCUAUGCUUAAUUUGCUACUAUCAAUCUAUAUAAUAACUAACUUCCAACAUAGUAACUGAAAAUCUUCACAAAAAUUUCAUUUCACAUUUAGAUUAACAACCUCACAACAUAACAUAAACACUAUUUUUUUUCUUCUCUCUUCAAUGUUAAACAUUACAAUCCAAUAGAUAAGACCUUGUAAAUUCAAAUCAGCAAACAGAAUUAGACUCCUUUUGCAAAAAGACUCCAUUUUUGAGUGCAACAAAAAAUGGGAGCCAUCAAAAUCAAAUCCUCCGUUUUGUUGCUUCUUCUCACUGUAUCAACUGUGUUCCUUCACCCAACAACCUAUGCACAACAACAACAAAAACAACCUAUAAAAAACGUUGUUGUUUUGGUCAUGGAAAAUCGUUCCUUUGAUCACAUGUUAGGGUGGAUGAAAAAAGCCAUCAACCCUUUAAUAGAUGGUGUGAAUGGAGAUGAAUGCAACCCAGUUUCAACUGAAAGUCCAAGAAAAGACACAAUUUGCUUCAGUGAUGAUGCUGAAUUUGUGGAUCCAGAUCCAGGUCAUUCAUUUGAAGAUGUUUUGAAACAGGUAUUUGGUUCUGGUGGUUCAAUUCCUUCAAUGAAUGGAUUUGUGGAACAAGCUUUGUCUAUGUCUCAGAAUCUCUCUGAGACUGUAAUGAAAGGGUUUAAACCACAAUCUGUUCCUGUUUAUGCUUCUUUGGUUAAGGAAUUUGCGGUUUUUGAUAGGUGGUUUUCUUCAAUUCCUGGUCCAACACAACCCAAUAGGCUUUUUGUGUAUUCUGCAACUUCUCAUGGUUCAACAAGUCAUGUUAAGAGACAAUUAGCAAAAGGGUAUCCUCAAAAAACAAUCUUUGACUCUAUGCAUGAAAAUGGUUUGGACUUUGGGAUUUAUUUUCAAAACAUACCAACAACUCUUUUUUAUAGAAAUUUAAGGAAAUUGAAAUAUAUAUCAAAGUUUCAUCAGUUUGAUUUGAAGUUUAAGAAAGAUGCUAGAAAUGGGAAGCUUCCACAUUUGACAGUGAUUGAGCCUAGGUAUUUUGACUUGACUGGUUUGCCUGCUAAUGAUGAUCACCCAUCACAUGAUGUUGCAAAUGGACAAAUGUUGGUGAAAGAGGUUUAUGAGAGUCUAAGAGCAAGUCCACAGUGGAAUCAAACUCUUUUGGUUAUUACAUAUGAUGAGCAUGGUGGUUUUUUUGAUCAUGUGAAGACUCCUUUUCUUAACAUUCCUAAUCCUGAUGGGAACACAGGACCUGCUCCUUAUUUCUUUAAGUUUGAUAGGUUAGGUGUAAGGGUGCCUACUAUUAUGGUAUCUCCUUGGAUCAAGAAAGGGAUUGUGGUAAGAAAUCCCAAAGGACCCUCCGUGAACUCCGAGUUUGAGCACUCGUCGAUUCCGGCCACCAUAAAGAAGAUUUUCAACCUUUCCUCUAACUUUUUGACUCACAGAGAUGCAUGGGCUGGGACAUUUGAGCAUGUUGUUGGGGAGUUAAGUUCACCAAGAACAGAUUGUCCAGUGACUUUGCCGGAUGUGACGCCUAUGAGGAGGACCGAAGCGAAAGAAAAUGGGGGCCUCUCUGAGUUUCAGAGUGAGGUGGUUCAGUUGGCAGCUGUUCUCAAUGGAGACCACUUCUUGAGCAGUUUCCCAGACGAAAUGAGUAAGAGGAUGAGUGUGAAGGAAGCUCAUGAUUAUGUGAGGGGAGCUGUUUCGAGAUUCAUAAGAGCUAGCAAAGAGGCUAUCAAGUUGGGGGCUGACGAAUCUGCUAUUGUAGAUAUGAGAUCCUCACUCACCACUAGAUCUUCUAUUCACAAUUAAUAUAAAACAACACUCAAAGUAAGAGAAAAAAAGAAGAGUUGUGUGUGAAACUUUGUAUCUAGUUAUUAUAGUUAUGAGUGAUUAAUAAUAGGUUAGAUUUUGUUAGGACCGUGAAGAGUGGAAUGCAUAAGGACGUGACGUGUGACCACACGCGCGUUCGCAAGAAUGCAAGCACUGAAAGUAUCUCAUAAGUCUCUAUGUUUGAGAGAUAGGAAAUGAAAUAUUAUCAACUUGGAGAGUUGUGAUUUGGUUGGUGAGUGAUUUAGAAGCUGAAAACUUCAAUCCGUUGUACAAAGUACAAAUCCAUAUUUUAAAUGUAGCACCAGUUAUGUUUUGAAUUGCUUGUAAUACCAUUAGAGUUUCUUGAACGAAACUGCAAUGAGCUAGCUACAUGACAUUUAAUUGAUA